UGGUUGUCCUGUACAGUGUCGCCGGUACACUGGAGUUGUUGGGACCGAUGAGAGAAUAAAUUAUUUUGAUUACAGGAUAGAUUUUGAUUUCACUGUAGCUCGAUCAUUUCCUUAGUCCCGCGUUACGUACAAGCUCUACGAUGUCUGAGACCAAAGUAUUCACCCUCGAAGAGGUGAAGAAGCAUAACAAGCCAGACGACCUGUGGGUUGUUAUACAUGACAAGGUGUACGACCUGUCGCAGUUUUCCCAAGAGCAUCCUGGCGGAAGUACGGUUCUCGAGGAACAAAGCGGAGGUUACGCUACCGAACCAUUCGAGGAUGUUGGUCACUCAGAAGAUGCCCGGGAAAUGAUGCAGCAGUAUUAUAUUGGUGAUAUUGCUGUGGUAUGUCAGUCUCUAUUUUAUGGAAAACUCAUAUGUACUACAGAAAGACAAGGAAAACCGGCUAAAAUUUACCUCACCCUUUACAAUGAAAUCCAAAAAUGCCAGAUGUUUUUUUAUAUGCUCGAUGUAUUUCCGUUACUUAUUUUAGCUCAGUUAGCCAGUUCCUUUUACGGGAUGCGGCUAACAACUGUCCUUUGUCGCGGUAAGCGUGUCCCCAGGGAGUACCUAGAACGUCUGCGCAAUCAUCUUUGGCGAAAUCACUACUCGAAAAUGAAGGUGGAUCGCUUACGUGUACCUGAGCGCGUGAUUAAUGACCCAAACAACCCUAUUAGAAGCGCUGAGGAUAUGCUGGAGUCCACUCGCUAUGAAGACUCACUGGCUGAGGAAAUCGAACUGGGUGUUACGCCUCAAUAUGCUGCUCAAAUUCAGUUUGAGCGAAAUCGACGACUAGAUCCGUGGCGACGUCUGGCGAACGACCCUCGGCAACAUCAUUUCUCCGAAGCAUCCUUGGUUUAUUCCAAUCAGCGACGGUUCACAAAAGGUUUAGAGCAAGCAAGCAUUUUGACAAACGCUAUCGUCUUACCAGGAGUCCCACCGAGUGUGGGUAGUCUUUUGCCACAACUGGAUCGUCAUAUUUCCGCACCUGACUCAGUAGAUGAUGCCAACACCGUUGCUUGGAAAACGCAGCUUCGGGGUACUGUCGAACGGGCUAUUCUUCAUGCUCACGUCUGGCAAUCCGACGAGGACAAGUUACCCCGUCGUUUUCGAGCCAACCUGCCGAUAUGGAAACACAAAGCAGAGUUCGGAAUCCAUCCACAGCAAACAACACGAUAUCUGUUCCAGAAUCUGUUUCGGAUACUCAACCAGCAAGAGCCCUACUUAGAGCGACAGCUCCAAUUGCCCUGCCGUAGCUCAGACGUUGGUUUACCUCGUCGCUGGACAACGCGUGACCACCUGUUAGAAACCCAUUAUUAUUGGGGAAACCCUGGACGGCGCAUUGCGUUUUCAGAACACCAUGAUCUGGUUAUCUACGGCAAAGAUCGAAUACCCGCAUUCGCUUCUCAAACACAGGUACAGGACCUCUGUAGAUUUCGUUCCUUACCAACGAAAACCCUCGGACCAAUGUCUCCUUUGAUUGAUCUGCAGUCCACGUGUUAUUAUCGAGAUGACAGCACAGAUGGAUGGAUUGGAGACGUGCCAAGGGUUUUCCCGUAUCCUCACCUGAUUACGGUAAACCUCAGCUUGCCAAGCGUCUGGUCCGAUUUUUUGGAACCGGAAGCUGACCCCGUGACUCCGGAACAACGACAGGCCGGAGCUCUCAUGCAUUGUUUCGCCUCAGCUUUGGCUCAUGCCCAUAAAUCUGGUUUACCCCCUGGUCCAUUGCAGACUCCAGUUUGCCUCCAAGCUGUUUGUUCCGAUGGCGUCUAUUUCGACUUUGUCUACUUUCAACUGAACACACUGCAUUUUCCAGAUCCUUCUCAGGAGUCUCAGUCCACCAACACUGUGUUGCGCAACCUGGCUUGGAUUGAUGGGAAUCACCGACUGUUCGAUAAACAGAUUCCGAAACGUAGCUUGUUGCGGAAUACUAAAUACCGAGACCUAGAUAUCGGGGUUUUCUCACGCCUCGCCACUACUUACUUAUGGGGUUUGGUUGGAGACAGGUGUGUAAACGAGUUGGAGACACCUGAUAUCCCACAAUCCCUGACUGCUUCGGCAAGCUAGCUAGUCAGUCCUGCAUUUAUCAUUGUUCCCUUGAACACAACCACUUUACAUAUGGC